AUGAUUCAAUUGGAAGAACGAGAUAUGCCUGAGAUACCAGGUACAAUUCUCGAUAGAAAUGAAACACAAGAAUUAAGAUUAAUGGUGGCUGAUUUGUUAGGUAGAAGAAAUCCAUCAUUCCCUGGAGCUCAGCCAAUUUCAUUUGAAAGGUAUCAUUUGAAUGAUACGUUAAUGAAUAAGGAUUACUAUGUAUGUGAGAAGUCUGAUGGAUUGCGUUGUUUAUUAUUUAUAAUUAAUCAUCCCGAAAGAGGUGAAGGGGUCUUUCUAAUAACCAGAGAAAAUGAUUAUUACUACAUUCCCAACAUCCAUUUCCCGUUAACAAAUAAUGAAGAAAAAGGUAAAACAUAUCACCAUGGAACUUUACUAGAUGGAGAAUUAGUUCUUGAAACAAAAAAUGUCCCAGAGCCUGUAUUGAGGUUUUGCAUAUUUGACGCAUUGGCUAUUAAUGGGAAAGAUAUAACCAAGAGACACUUACCUAAGAGACUUGGCUAUAUUACAGAACAGGUAAUGAAACCAUUUGACAAUUUUAAACGUAAAAACCCUGAAAUUGUCAACGCUCCUGAUUUUCCUUUCAAAGUAAGCUUUAAAUUAAUGACAUCCUCUUAUCACGCUGAUGAUGUCUUAUCUAAAAUGGACCAGUUAUUUCACGAAUCUGAUGGCUUGAUUUUCACUUGCGCUGAGACGCCAUAUGUGUUUGGUACUGAUAGCACCUUAUUAAAGUGGAAACCAGCACAUGAAAAUACUGUCGAUUACAAAAUGGAAAUGAUAUUUAAGAAGUUUCAAGACCCUGAUUUAGACCCAAGAGAUCCGGACUCUACAUACACAGACUAUGAUUCUAAGCCAGAACUAAUCAAGUUAAGGGUUUGGAAGGGUGGCGCAGAUUAUGAGGACUUUACCAAAUUAUCCUUAGAAAAUGAAGAUUGGGAAAAAUUAAAGAACUUGAGACAACCAUUGCAAGGAAGGAUUGUUGAAUGCCGUAAGAAACUUUCAGACCCUGGAUUUUGGGAGAUGUUACGAUUUAGGAAUGAUAAGAGUAAUGGAAAUCAUAUUUCUGUUGUUGAUAAAAUUUUACAUAGUAUUCAAGAUGGUGUGAGUGAAGAAGAAUUGAUCGAAGCAUGUCCUAAGAUUGGUAAAGCAUGGAAGAAAAGGAUCUAUGAAAAAUCACAAGGUAGCAGAUCACUGUAUAGCGAAACCGGAAGAUCACAUCCUGAGCCUAACAGAGAAGAUGAGCCUGCACUGAAACGUACUAAGAUUGACAUGGAAGAGCCCGAGCCUAAUGGGUUUGGUGGGAGUACAACAAAUCAUCAAAAUGCUUCUAAGCAGAACUCUGGGGAAUUUCAGGAUAUUCCGACCUAUGAAGAUAGUGACGAUGAAUGA